GAGCCGGAAGUGUUUCUGGUUGACUUUGAGCUCAUCGUUAGUUUGAAGUGCAGCGAUGCAGCAAAGAGAAGAGAAGCAGCUCGAAGCCUCGGUGGAGUCUCUGUUCUCUCGGGUGGCUCAUGUGAAAAACGCGCUCCACAGCUUCAUUUGUAAACUGGAGAAUGAACACGAGCGGUUAACAUGGCCGUCGGUGUUGGACAACUUUGCUCUGCUGUCUGGUCAGCUCAACACUAUCAAUAAACUGCUCAAGAAUGAGAAGACGCCAUCCUUUCGCAACCAGGUUAUAAUACCUCUGCUUCUGUCUCCAGACAGAGAUGAAGAUUUAGCAAAAGUCACAGAGCAGCGUGUCCCAGUGUUCAGCCAUGAAAUUGUACCGGACUAUUUACGGACGAAGCCUGAUCCGGAGGUGGAGGAGCAGGAGAAGCAGCUGAGUGCAGAGGCAGCACGUAUUGGCCCUGAGGUGGCACAGAAACAAAUCCAGGCGUUGAAUAAGCUGUGUUCCAGUCUGCUGGAGAAGCUGAGCAAUCCCCGCGAUGACAGAGAUGCAGAAAGUGCAGCACUGAGACAGAACAAAUCGUCUUUCAACCCUGCGGACACUAACGCACUGGUUGGAGCAGUUGCAUUUGGAAAGGGACUUUCCAAAUGCAGGCCUCCAGGUCCAGUUGCCCCUGGACACCCAGGACAAGGACCCAUGAUGAGUGGAGGUCCUACCUUACAGCAAGUAACCAUUGGUGGUGGUUCAAGUCAGCAAGCAGGUAUGGGAGGAUCUGUGGCUCCACAGCAGCAAGGACAGCCAGGAAAAAUGCCAAGCAGCAUCAAGACAAACAUCAAAUCUGCAUCUGGUUCAAUGCAUCCCUACAACAGAUGAGCUCCUUCCUUUAACCUGUGUUUCUACAGCAGUUAAUAUUUACAGUGUGUACAUGUCACCUUUGGAUGCUGUGUUAUUUUCAUGGAACUCUGCUAACUUCUAAAAAGCUGUUCCUGUUCUCUCAGACUAAAUGCUGCUCCUUGUCACUGCCGUGGAACUUCUUUUAUACCGAACUGACACUGAGCUGCAGCGUCUGAGCCACCAGAUGGCAGUAUGUCAUCACACGGUGGAUCACAGCAGCUUGUGUUUGAACUGUGCUGCGGACACGUCUUCAAUAAAACAUGUUAAA